AAUCUCUCUCUGCAGUACGUCUGACGUUGCAACAACUAAGUUACCUGCUUGGCCUUAUUAUUAUUAUUAUUAUUAUAAUUAUUAUGAUUAAGCUAUCGAAAUUGAAAUGCCAAUUUUAGGUGCAGCAUUUUCAUUUUCUUCAUUUCUCUCUCUGCGAAUUUAUACAAUAUAAUAAUAUUCCGAUAUGUUUAAUAGAUCUGCUUUGUUAUUUAAGCAAAGUCUGUAAUCUCUGAGAUUGUAACGAAGAAAGAAAAAAACGAAGAAGAAGAUUAGAUCAUAGAUAGAUGGGAAAUGUAAAUGGUAGAGAAGGUACAGAUGAAGAAGGAUCUAACGGUGAAUCAAACAUCCAAGCCGGCGGCUCCUCCUCCUCUUAUUCGCAUCGGCAACCACCUGCUGUUCCUUCUGAUUCCAUGCCCAAUACAUUUACUACUACAGCUAUUGUUAAUAAUAAUACUAACACGCCGCCUCAUAGCCCUGCUCGCUCCGUUUCCCCUCUUUUGUUCGCUCCUCAGGUCCCUGUAGCUCCUUUGCAGAGGGGUGAUGGCCCAUCUUUCCUAAACCAAAUUUGGCGAACUGAGUCUUCUGAAGUUGAUCAUCCUCCUGAACAAGGAAUCCCCACGAUCAUAUCCUGGAACUACGGUGGCAAUGAAGUGUUUGUGGAAGGAUCUUGGGACAACUGGAUGUCCAGGAAGCAACUACAAAGAUCUGGUAAGGACUAUUCUAUCCUUCUGGUCCUCCCAUCAGGAAUAUACCAUUAUAAGUUCAUUGUAGAUGGGGAAUGGAGAUAUAUUCCAGAACUUCCUUGUGUAGCUGAUGAAAUGGGCCGUGUUUGUAAUCUUCUCGAUGUUAAUGAUUAUGUACCAGAAAACCUAGAUAGUGUGGCUGAGUUUGAAGUUCCACCAUCUCCAGACUCCACUUAUAGUCAGUCAUUUCCUACAGAGGAAGAUUUUGCAAAGGAGCCAUUAGCAGUUCCACAACAGCUGCAUCUUACCGUCCUUGGUAUGGAUGAUUCAACUGAAUCUUCUUCUUCGAAGCCUCAACAUGUUGUGCUCAACCACCUGUUUAUAGAGAAAGGAUGGGCAUCACAAUCUCUAGUCGCUCUUGGAUUAACUCAUCGGUUUGAAUCCAAAUUUGUUACUGUCGUCCUCUAUAAGCCUCUCAAAAGGUAGCAGCAUCUUUCAUUUUCAGGCUUAGUUUCAUAAAUGGAAGAUAAUCAAUCACUUUCACUAUGUGACUUUGUGAAUGUAUCUUUGUUUAUAGGAUACUCAGCUUUUCUUAACAUGCUCUCUUAUGUUUGAUCUGUUGUAGUAUUAACCUUUCAUUUUCAAGCUUUUUGCACCCUUUGUUGUUCUCCAAGGAACAGCGCAGGGAAAGAUAAUUUGAGUCCCUUUUUGGUUAGUACAUCUCCUUUAUCUCUUGUAUAUUAAAGUUGUCAUGCUUCUGUUGUAUUCUUUAAUUCUUUAGAUGCAGUUGCUGAAGAAUCCUAAAUCCCAUGGUACUCCCGACUUUCCAAUGUAACUGCAAAAUGAGUGAUUUCAAGAUUCAAUACUUUGUUUUUAAGUAUACUAGAAUUAUCUUUGAGCAGUUGACUUCUCCUUAGAUCUGAUCUUGUUAUAUUUUGUUAAAUUUUAUCACUAACUCAUGUCUGGAGCUCCUAGCAGAAUCGAACUCAAUUACAUCUAAUAGUUUCACUUGUCUCAGGGGAAAGUGUUUAGUCUUUUGGAUGGAAAGGUGGUACUACCAACCUCAUUUGCAAAUUUCAGCACUUAACCUGCCUAAAAUGGCUAGUCUUUCACUAUAUAUUGUAAGCUAGAGCUCGUUAAGAGUAUGCUUGUGCUUGGCUUGUUUAUAGUUUAUCAAUGUUCAAGUCCUCACAGGUUGGAACUUGGGCUUGAGCUGUUUCGAGUUUAGCUUGUUAAGUUUAUCGAAUAAGCCUGAACAAAUUCUUUCUGAACUGGGUUUUGAGAAAUUGGUUAAUGGUUUGGCUUAUUCACAGGUUUGUUUUAUGUGAAGGAUAGAAAUUGAGAAAGAGGAUUGAUAGAUAAGAAAGGGCGAUUCCAAUAUCUAAACAUUAAAUAAAAUAAGAGAAAAUUAUGAUUU